AUGGGAUACUGGCCGAUCGGGGUCAGUGAUGCAACCAAGUCACUACUCCUUACUGGUCUGUUAUUUGCCGGCCCUCUGUAUGAGUGCUUGAUCAUCGACGGAGUGUGGGAGUCAUGGCUACGACUAGAACCGUUGGCGCGACUUCAGAGAGACUGGGCGAUGUGGAGGAAUAUGGUAGCCGGCCCUAUCACUGAAGAAUGUCUCUUCCGAUCUGCUGCCGUGCCGUUGCUACUGGUGGCUGGAUGUAGCAUGAGGGGCAUCAUCUUUCUCUCGCCUCUCGUAUUUGGACUUGCACACCUUCAUCACUUCUAUGAAUUCCGCGUUACGCAUCCCGAAACUCCUCUUGUUGCCGCAAUCGCUCGCUCCAUAAUCCAGCUGUCUUACACCAGCGUCUUUGGGGCGUAUGCGACGUUUCUCUUCUUGCGCACUGGGUCAUUGAUAUCUGUCAUUGCCGUCCAUGCGUUGUGCAAUUCCAUGGGUCUUCCUCGAUUUUGGGGCGUUUUGGAACCAUACUGGCUCCCUGCGCCUGAGGUCUCUCACCCUAGCAAUAUCUUGAAAUGGACUAUCCCCUACUACGUGUUGCUCCUGGGUGGUUCGACUCUAUGGUGGCAUAGUAUCUGGUCCUUGACAGCUUCCCCCCUGGCUCUCGCCGUCGUUUAG